AUGAAGUUUUUCGCAAUUUUCGCCCUGUUUUUGAUUGCGAUAAAGGCUCAAGAUGAUCGAGAAUACGAAAUAGAUGAGGCGUACAAUGAUGUUGUCGAUUUCGAGGAAGAUUUUAUGAUCGACGACAUUGAAGAUGACGAAUAUGACGAUACUUACGAAGAAUAUGAAAAUGAUGUCGAAAUUUCUGACUAUAGCUUCGUCGACGAUGGCGAUUACGAUGAUGAAGAUUAUCAAGAGUACUACAACACUAAUGACGUCCCUAUCUACGACUACGACGAGCAAAUUUAUGACCCCAUCGUUGAUUUUAUCGAUGGCGAUUCCCGAUAUCCUUUUCCUGACGAAAUCAAUUUGGAACCAACUGGCGAAAAUAAAAUCCAUGGCGGAAAGCGAUUCGCAUACAAAGGCACGAGAAACGACGGUGUCUUCAAAUACGUCAACUCUGGCGGAUCGCGACUGCUCUUUUAUCCGAAAACGAAAAAGUGGGCUCUGCACGACUCGGAGACAAAACUGUGGGCAAAGGAUAUUUCGGAUGAUAUCUGCGCGAUCGAUUUGCAUCUCAGAGGCAAUCCGUUUGCAUUUGGUACUGCCUGCUCUGGCCCUCAAUCAACAACUGUAGCUCCUGCAGAGGCCGAAGCUAGGGUUCAAGAAAACACCAAAACUGCCUCUUCUACUGGACAGAUGAACGUCUUCACCAUUUUUAUCCCAUCGAUUCUUGCUGCUCUCUUUUUCCUCUCAUAG